UACAUUUCUCUUGAGAUCAGUUGUUAGCGUUUCCGUAGACGAAUUCGUUAACCUUUCAUGCGGGCGAUCGAUUUCAAUUAAUCUUCCAAAUAUCGAGCCUACGAAUUUAUUAACUUCUAGGGAAGAAACUUCAAUGGAAUAGGAAACACGGAACGGUGGUCUUGUUCGCGCCUGAAAUGCCAUUUGUUAAACAUUGCCUUUUGAAACUAAUGCGAAGGGUCUGUGUCAAGAAGCGUUUGAAUUGGUUUGAUCACAGCUUGAGUUAACGUCAAUAGAUCUCCGAUUAUAUUCUCCAAGAUAAGUAUCUUAUAGUAAUAAUCAAUAAGUAUCUAUAUUCAGCCCUAAUUCACAGAAACAUUUUCUUCGUUUAUUUUUUAUCUCUUCGAUUCGAUUCGAAGUCUGUUGCAAAAAUAGACGAGAAUAAGUUCUUCUAUGACCUACAAGUCUGUAAGACUUGCGCGUUGGCUGGCGUUCUGUUUGGCUUUGCCUGUCGACGAAGUAUACGUACGUAGUUUCGUCAGUCACGUGGAGAACUUGCCUGGUUUCGGUUUGUUCCUCUUAUUCUUUCUUUUCUUUCAAUUUCUUCGGUUUGCUUUUCUUCGAGUUCCAUACAUUUAGUGGGACUAAUAGCGACAGUGGUCGAUUCAAGAAAAAUUAAAAACUGUGGUACUUAACAACCGGCAAAUUCUGCUGAAAAGAAGCGUAAAAGUUGUAAGAGUGGAGGGAAGAAAUCGAUCUAGAGAACAUGUCACAGUGUCACUACACAAACAUCAGGAUGUCAAUCGCAGUGGACACGUGACAAAAAUUGAACUGGAAUUGAUGGAAGCUCCGGAUGACAGGAUCCUCGUUGGACCGAUACCAUCUGAAUUGAAUAUCACCGAUGAAAUUAAUUCCACUUAUCCGGAUGGCAGUCCAGAACUAGGUGCAGUUAUACUCAGAGCUGAAGAGGCCUUGAUAGUUAUUUUCGUACUCUUUCUAUGGGCUGCGGCAAUUGCGUUAUUCUUCAAUCGAUGGGGCAAGAUAAGAAUGUUGGAACCAUCUCAACCGAAAUUCCUGCCACAAGACGAACAAAAUUGUACCACGAUUGAACAAAAUCAACUUCAGAGACGCUUGACCCGAAUGCAGCUAUCUUACAUCAUUUUCCAACAAAUCGAGAACCGACGUACAUUCUCGAAAUGCAAUAUCCUUUGCGAAGAGUGUCCAAUAAAGCACGACUCGAACUACACUUUGAGACAAAUGAGACCGAGGCAAAACAGUGCGUUCAUUGGCUCCAGUGUGUCCUUUCUCCCAGGUGGCGGAGGUACAGCGCGUCGCACGAAAAGCGCGUUCGACCUUCAAUUCUCCGUUUUUACGGAAAAUAACACGCUCGACUCAUCCAGUGAACAGGAUACGUUAAAGAAUUUUAAGCCGACCUGCGAUUCCACGAAAUUAUUGUUAGACGAACGAAAGACAAGCGUCUAUCAGUUGGACAAAACCGGGACAAGCAAAUCUUUCUGUCAAAACAGAGGAAUAAGUGUUUGUCAAUUCGAUGCUUCUCCAAAAUUAUGGCAACGAGAUCGUGGAAUGAGCAUCUGCCAGUUCGAUAGGAUGGAGGUUCCCGCCAGGCCAUUGCAGAGAGAUCGCGGUGGAAGUAUCUGUCAAUUCGACAGAAUGAACGUAUUAGCCAGACCACUGCAGAGAGAUCGCAUAGGUAGUGCUUACCAUUUUGACAGAAUGGAUGUCUUGGCCAGACCUACUGUAACUCUUGACAAAUUCUUGUUGAGAGAAAGACGCGUUAGUAUGUGCCAGCCUUUGGGAAAAAAUGAGAAAACGUCAGAAGGAAUUCAAAUGGAACGGCAUUUAAGCAACAGCAACGUUGGGAAAAUUGGGGAAAAAGAUACAUCGGUCGAGGAAGAGAGAGGAAGGAUUAUGGCGGAGGAACAAAAUACAUUUAUUAAACACAUACCCAAAGAGGAGAAAGAUAGCUUUUGUCGAUCGAACCGACCAUCUUGCAGCCAAACUUCUGAUGCUGCAUUUGGAUAUAAAGGUACUUGCGUGUAGCGUGAGAACUUGUACAAUUCGUCAAGGAAGAGCUGCAAUUGUGUGACACAAUUUCCAAGACAAUGGUUUUGUUCGGAAACGAUCUCAAGAUUGACGUUCUUGCGAAUAUAUCAUACAUAUGUAUGUAUAUAUAACAAAUUAAUUAUUCGUUUUGAACAGAAUUAACAUUGUAUUUAAAUAUUAAGUAUGUAUAUUGCUUUUGAUAUGAACACUUUCAGUUCGCUUAUAGUGUUCCCUGUAAAUGAAAUGUUGGACAAAUUUCUAAGAGAAACAUGAAAUUAAAUAUGCACUGUAUAGAAUGACUAAGGUCAGUAUUUUACCAAAUUGUUAAAAAACAAAUAUCUUACACGUAUUUUUAAAUUUAUAAGGAGGAACGACUCGUUACUGAACUGUCGUACUAAAUUUAUAUGAAAAAUUAUAUAAUCUGUACAGCUAACAGCUAAAAAACAUUUUGUUAGGAUAAAAAAAUAUCACGCAAAUAGAUGAAAACUACAAAUUACAAUAAAAUUCAAGGAAUUAAAAAAAAUGAUAAUAAACAACGUGAUAAUCUGUCUUUCAAAUAUCGAGGAAAAAUAAAAAUAUCUCGUAUUUUAAUUAUUCUUUCGAAUUUUUAUUAAGUUAUUGGAAUUCAUUCUUAUCCUAUUGUAUAUUUAUCCAUUAGUGAUGAAUAAAAUUUGAUUGAUCAUUUUUAUUCGAAUUUUCAGUAUCCAAAUAACUUUUUUACUAUACCUUACUAUAAUGUAAUAAUUUGAAGUCCGAGUACUAAAUGAUAACAGUUGCAACGUUGUAAAUAAGUAGUUGACGGGAUUUAUAAAGAAAGAUGUUCUUUUAAGCAUUGCAAUUUAUACUUCAUUUUGCAAAUGAAAUAUAUUUACUAAAAUCUACCACAGUUUUAGUCUUCUGCUAUUAAAGUGAAAAAUAUUCAAGGAAUAUUCGAUUUCAAAAACUACAGCGAAUCACGAAUAAAACGACUAAUCAUAUUCAAAAUCAUAUAGUAAAGGUAUUGUUGAAAAGAGAAAUUGAAUAUACUAAAUAUUCUGCCGUCUUCCAUAUAAAUUUAUUACGAACAAAAUUUUAAUUUAUUAUUUAGUUCCAUCUAUAAUUUAGUUCCAUUAGUUCCAUUUAUAUAUUAAAUUUAUAAAGACUAGCUAUUAAAUGUUGUACGGAAAAGCCGUUUUAUAUUUCCAAGUCAACUAUGUUUUAUAUCUCACAAAAAGCAACAUCUGCAUAUUCAAGAAUUGCAAUAUAUUUUUAAAUACAAACUACUGUUAAGCAAGUACUACAGAUACAAUUCUUAUUAUCGAUAUACUGAACCGCUGUUUCUUUUUUUAUUUGUUUAUCUAUAAAUAAUUAUUGCCUUCUUGCACUUUUAUAACUAUCGAAAACAUAAGUUAUCCAUUGAUUUAAGUUAUUAUUUACUUUUUUCUAUGUAAUUUAUAUAUAAUUUGAGACCACUUCUGCAAAAAGAAGAUGACCCUAUAUCACUGUAUAUAAUUAGCUAUUUAUAUAAUAUAUAGCAUUUAAUUUCAAUUUUAAAUUCCAGUCUAGGUGCAGUAAAGUUUCAUCUCUUCAAUUGUAGAAAAGCCUGGAACUUUAACAUUCUUCGAUCGCCUAAAACCUCCAUUUUCUAUCAAAUAUGUUUUUGAAUUCGAAACGUUAGUUUGCGAUAGAUCAAUUCAGACAAAAUUACUAAACGAAUCAUGAAAUAAUCUUUACCACUAAUUGUAUCUAUAUGAAAUAUAUAUUUGUGAGUCUUUUUAAACGCAAUAAGUAUUAUUAAGUUUUACUGCAAAAUAUUACAUCGUUUACACGGAAUUAAUCACAUUUAUGCAAAAUUUCAAAGCGUAAUAUAUAAUAGUAAAUAAUAAUAAUAUAGUGCCAUUGUUCAGUCUUUCUUUAUUAAAAGCAACAAUCAAAUUAAAACUCAACAAAAAUAUUCUUCGGGCCCAGCAAACUUCUCUACACGAACCUAUGGAGCAUCCUAUGCA